AUGCAGUUCGCAAUUCUAUCACAGAUUGCAUGCGCAACCCUGUUCAUUCGACCAAUCCAGGGUGGUCAUCUCCUGGCCUCGGCACCAACAAGCACUGAUGUGGAUAGAGCAUUCGACCCCCUUGUCACUGGUGCGCCUAUGAAUCCAGCCGUUAUCAACGAGUUGGAUAAAAGGCAAGCGGGGAGCGACUUCGUGGCAUGGUGGGCAUACUCGGACAGUUGGAGUCCUCAAACAUGCGAUUCGGGCUCAGCCUACGUGACCUGGUCAACGUACGGCCAAUGUUGCGCUACUAGUGACUCUACAUGCAAUUAUGCCACGGCUUGCGCACCUGAUGGACGAAUCCAGUAUUACCAAGGAGAGGCCCGCUGUGACCCAGGCCACUACUGUGAAGUAUACACCAUUUUACCCUCAUCAGGUAGUCCCCUAAGUGACAAGCGGGAUAUGGUCAUGUGCCCAUCUUCCACAUAUGCCUAUCCUGGGACCUGGUACCGCCAGUCGUACGCCUUGACUACCGAUGUACCUACGAGUACAGCUACGCAAAGAGAAACGGAAACAAAUACAGCUACGCAAAGAGAAACCAAAACAGUAACGCAGACCGUGGAGACUGGUGACAGCAUGGGUCUUCAGGGGAUGCGGGCUGUUCCAAGCGCACUGGGGGCUUUUCUAAUUAUUGUCCUGCUAACCAUUCAUUGA